AAAAAAUUAACCCUCUUAUCCACAUCGCGUUUUUAGUUUCCCAGUGUCCUGUCUUGUACUAGUGUUUUCUUUUUGCCGAUGAAGUCUUCUACUACAGUAUCGGGUGUUCUGUUUGGAAUUAAUAGUCAUCAUCAGUUGUUUUUUUGCUACACCAUAUAGCUAAUUUGACGGCCGACAUUUCAAGGCAGAGACAGCUCCCGAUCAUCAAGAACCUCUUUGAUUCUUUUCAGGGGUGUGUUUAUCGAAUAAAUGGUUGUGUGUCAGUCGGAUCAAGACCAAUCGAGGGCCAAAUGGACAACAUUUUGCACCAAAAUAUUUGCAGAUUUGCUGGUUGAGCAAAUACGGAAAGGAAAUAGGAGUAGCGGUGCUUUUUCAAAGUUAGCAUGGAAGAUUAUCCGAGAUGAAUUCAAUAGGCAGACUGGUCUCAAGUUUGAUAAACAACAAUUGAAGAACCAUCUCGAUGUUCUGAGGAAGAGAUACAAUUCUGUGAAGGCAAUUCUUGAUCACCCUGGCUUUACUUGGGAUGCUUCUCAGUCUAUGCUCCUAGCUCAGGAUGAUGUAUGGCAAAAGUACAUUGAGGCACAUCCUGAGGCUGACACUGUCAGAAAGAGGGGCUGUGAUAUAUAUGAACAGCUAUGCAUUAUCUUCUCAUCAGACUCCGGAACCAAUGUAAAUCAUGCCUUUCUCGUUUUAGGAACAGCCGUGCAUCAGAUAGAUGAAGACCCGCCCAGGGCCAAGUGGACUAUGCCUCUUGAGAAGAUAUUUGUAGAUUUGAUGCUUCAGCAGGUUUUUCAAGAGAAUAGGUCGAACAAUGCUUUUAGCAACAAAACUUGGAAGUACAUACACCAUGAAUUUAAUAGACAAACAAAGUUAAACUAUGAUAAGCAGCAGUUGAAAAAUCAUCAUGGUGUUUUGAGAAGGUGGUACCACAGUGUAAAGUCACUUCUUAAUCAGGAUGGCUUUAGUUGGGACAAGUCUCGAUGCAUGGUAAUUGCUGAGAAUGAUGUGUGGGCAAAAUGCAUCGAGAAGCAUCCUGAAGUUGAGGCAAUAAGAGUCAAAGGAUGUCUGCAUUAUGAACAGUUAAACAGGAUAUUUUCAGAGUCAGGCAGUUCUGGAAAUUAUGCUUUCCCUGAAUCACAGACAGCUGCUUCAAAGAUGGAUAGUCCGCCUAGUGAAGAUCAAUUCAAGCAAGACCAAUCAAGAGCAAAGUGGUCAGCGCCACUGGAUAAGAUACUUUUAGACUUGUUGAUUGAGCAAACUGGGCAAAAUAAAAUGUCCAACAAGAAAGCAUGGAAACAUAUACGGGAAGAAUUCAAUUACAAAACAGGUUUGCAGUUUGACGGUGAACAGUUGAGGAAUCACCAAAAUGUUCUUAAAAGGUUGUACAACAACAUAAAGUCGGUUCUUGAUCAAAGUGGUUUUAGUUGGGACAAUUCUCGAAAUAUGGUAAUGGCUGAUGAUGAAUUGUGGGAAAAGUACACCACGGCACAUCCUGUGGCUGAAACAAUUAGAAACAAGGAGUGCCCAAUUUUCAAACAGUUAUGCACAUUAUUUUCAGAGUCAAAAGCUGAAGAGACAUACGUCCUCUCAAGUCAUGAUGUGAAGCUGAAUCAACAAACAGUCAAUGUGGUGGGCACUCCAGAAACUGCUAGUGUUUCUGCUGAACCUGAACCUGCAGUCGAUGAGGCAUCAUCACGACUAUCUGAAGAAGUGAAUAUGUCUAGUGGAAGAAAUAAGCGGCGGAUUAAGACACAAACUCUCAGCUCAAGUCGUCAGAGGAGAGUGUGUAGGGAAACUAGUAACACAAACGUGGAUGCUGUUUCCCAACGUGAGGAGGUUCCCUCAACAAACAAGAGAGCAGCAGGAGCAGCUGCUGUAGCACAUAGUGGUGAUCGAUUCUCGAUAUCCAGUUGCAUUGAAGUAUUGAAUGAGAUGGCAGGGGUUGAUGAAGAGCUUUAUCUGGCUGCUUCAGAUUUGUUCCAGGACCCUGACCGGAGGGAAACAUUUAUAUGCAUCAAAAGUGAGAUCAAAUUUGCAUGGCUUAAGGCCAAGUGUAAACAUCUUUUCAAUGCUUGUGUUAUUCAGUUUGCAUAUCCUCUACAAAUGGACAAUGAAGGCAGUCAUCAACCCAAGCAAGAACGUUCAAGGACUAGGUGGACAGCUUCCCUUGAUAAGACAUUCGCAGACUUGGUUGUUAAGCAGAUUCAACUGGGAAACAGACCCAACAAUGUCUUCGACAAGAAAACAUGGAACAUUAUUCGUGACGAGUUUAACAGGCAAACAGAUCUCAACUUCAACAACAAUCAAUUGAGGAAGCACUUGGAUGUUCUAAGGACGCGCUUCUACGGUCUCAAGUCAGCUUAUGAUCAAACUAAUGACUUCACUCUGGAUGAUUCUUGUUGUAUCGAGUUUGCUCACCUGUGGGAAGACCUUGGGGUACAGCCUAGGCCUGAAACAAUUAAAGUCAAGGACUGUCCCAUAUAUGAUCAGCUCUGCACAAUAUUCGCAGACUCAACCGCGGAUGGGAAGUAUGCCCAAUCUAGUCACUAUGAGGGGUUGGACAAGUCCGCCGGAAUAGACAAUGCAGGUUUGAGUUCAUAUCCUGACUGUGAAGCCCCUCCUCAUUCUGAAAUCCCACCAUCCUCAAAGCCUGUGCAAGGAAAUGCAUUAUCAGCAGAAAAGGCGGCCAAGGUUAUAGCAGAGAGAAAAAGGAAACGUCCAUCUGAGACACACUCUUCUGAGGAUCAAAGAAGCAGAAGGGAUCAAGAAAUAUGUGAUACCAUGGCACAAGCCAUGCGAGAGAUGAUUGCUGCCUCAAAGUUGAGGAGAGCCACAGCAAUGCCUAGUGAAAAAUUUUCGAUAACAAAUUGUAUUAGAGCACUGGAUGAGAUUGAAGGCAUUGGCGAACAGCUCUACUUUCGGGCACUGGACCUGUUUGAGGACCCCAAUUUAAGGGAGACCUUCCUCUCUUUAAAAGGUAAUCAAAUACGGUUGACUUGGUUGCAAGCCAAGUGCAGUAAAACUGCCUAUGGUUAGAGGUUAGGAGAUGAACUUUUUGGCUAAAGGUUAGAGGUUAGGGGUUAGGGUGUGAACUCAUUGCCCAUGUUCAUAAUAUGACUUUCCUUUUAGUGAAAACUUAUAAAAAUGGCACCUCAUCGUCAAUGA